GAGAGAGCAAGUAAUCGAACAUAAUAGCGCAAAUACGCAUAACGCAAGAAAAUUACAUCGAGUAAGAGAGAGCAAGUGCGCCGUUGAAAGGAAAAUACAAAAACAGACAGAAGUUCGGUAGAACAGCGCGUGUGUCGCUGAUCUGCGUUCCUACGUUGCGCCGGCGGUCUAAUCUCUGGCGGUGCGCUUCGUCCAGCCGUGUCGUCAGUAUCGUUCGUAGUGUGCUAGACGUCAUCGUCUGUCGUCGUUGCUGCCCUACCGUCGAGGUGAGGCUGCUGCAAAUAUGACAGCCCACGACCAGAUGCGAGCUAUGCUCGACCAGCUUAUGGGCACCGGACGAAACGAUAGAUUACAGGCGAUUGUUGAUGGUGGUACUAUAGUUUCUGAAUGGCUCUGUACAUCCUCUAGUGUUCCUCAGGACGAUACACAAAUAUAUCUGCCUUGUGCUUACUACGAUCUCUGCAGUGCCAUUGGAAAAUCUCAACUCGAAGUUAAUGCUAUUACUCAGUUGGCUUCUCAAAAUAGAUUAGAUUUAAAUGCAUUAAAAACAAAGGUGAAAAUAACAAAUUCCAAGUAAAGUACAAUGAUCCAAAGGUCUGCAAGAGUUUCUUACUGGCAUGCUGCCCACAUGAGAUUCUCUCAUCUACAUUCUCUAUUUCCAGAGCGUCUGGAAAAGCAAUUGUGAACCAAUUGUACGCAAUUCCCUGUCAAAUAAUGUACCGUACGUAGAAGUUGAGUAAGGUCGCGUUAAGUCCGUAAGUACUAAAAAUAUGAAAUAAUUGAAAAAAAGAAACAUGAGACGUACGUAUUACAUUUCAUUGAUUCUAUAUAACAUAAUUAAACUAUUUGGCUAUAAUUAUGAUAAUACAUUUAAAAAAAUUGACACAUUUUGGCUGAAAAUGUCGGAGCGGCGAUUCAUUGACCGUCGACCGGGAGUCUGUCGAUUAUUGUCUGUGCGUAUGGUUCGUAGUGCUUUGUGACUCAUCCCGCCUCGGUCAAUGAGUCGUGCGUUCUGACGAGUUUUCACCAAGACACGCAUAUGCAUUGAUUAUGUUGUGACUUUGCUUGGGAGAGAAGCAUCGGAUUGUCAUCUUGGCUGCUCCAGCUUAGUUAAGCGGAGUCAAAUUUGUCCAAAAUCCCACGACCCAUCGUACACGUGUCGAACAAUCCUGUGUGUCAUGCGUUUUUUGCGCAUGGACCUGGGCGAGUGCCCCCAGAUUCACGACCUGGCUCUGCGCGCUGACUUUGAGGCGGCGCAGAAGAAGAAGGACCACUUCUACGACAUCGACGCGAUGGAGCACCUGGCCAGCUUCAUAGCCGACUGCGACCGGCGCACCGAGCAGGCCAAGCAGCGCCUGGCAGAGACGCAGGAGGAGCUGUCGGCCGAGGUGGCGGCCAAGGCCAACGCGGUGCACCUGCUGGCCGAGGAGAUCGGCAAGAAGCUGGCCAAGGCCGAGCAGCUGGGCGAGGAGGGCUUCGUCGAGGAGUCGAUGAAGCUCAUGGGCGAGAUCGACGAGCUGCGCAAGCGCAAGAACGAGGCGGAGCAGGAGUACCGCAACAGCAUGCCCGCUUCCAGCUAUCAACAGCAAAAACUGCGCGUCUGCGAGGUCUGCAGCGCCUACUUGGGCAUCCACGACAACGACCGGCGCCUGGCCGACCACUUCGGUGGCAAGCUGCAUCUCGGCUUUAUCAAGAUCCGCGAGAAGCUGGCCGACCUCGAGAAGACCGUGGACGAGCGCCGCCGACAGCGCCGCGACGCGCUCUCGGGCGGCCGGGCCGAGCGCAGCCGCGAGCGCAGGCCCGAGCGCGCCAGCCGCAGCCGCAGCCGCGAGCGCGACCGGGCGCGCGCCGGUCGCAACCACCGGGAGCGGCCCGCGACCACCGACAGGGAGCGCCGCGACCGGGACCGCGACCGCGAGCGGGACCGCGACCGCGAUCGCGACCGCCGCAACCGGGACAGAAGGCGCUCGAGGUCCAGGAGCCGCAGUCGAGGAAAGAGGUCUCGACGUUCGCGCAGUGACAGCCGUGGUAGACGGUCGCGAUCGCGCCGCAGCGGCUCCAACGACCGCAAGAGAUAAGCCACGCGAAGACGCUCACUGCCCCGUCACCCCAUUUCAUCGCCGCCCCCCCCCCUCCCCCACCCUCGCCCCUCUUUUUCUCUCUGGAUUCCGGACAAAUGCAUUCAACGAAUAAUCAAGAUUUUAGCUACAAUAUUGCGUUAUUUUAAGUAACGUGCUCGCGAGCGUGUCUCUAUUUCUGUUUGAUGUAUUACGUCGUCACUGGGACACCAGUGACUACCAACAUGCUCUUUCAGCUCUCGAUCUCAACAACUGCGUUCGCACACACAGAUAACACGUAUGUAAGUCCUUUCAUAUGCCCAUUGUCAUCAGAAGGUUCUUCUUUCUUCUUUUGUUUGUUUUUUUUUUAAUUAUUACUUUUUUCUAAUAAAAAAAUAUUUCGUUCAGAUGUAUAUAUUAAAGUAGUUAAUUCAGCUCUACUUGGAAUAGUUCUUGCAUAUUUAUAAAUGACUAGACACGUCCAAUUCUAAGGACUGUACAAGAAUUGUAGAGGAGGAAAAGGUAAAUAAAGACACGUUGAA